GCGAGUGAUUGACUUUAUCAGUCCAAGGACAUCAUUCCUCUGGAAAGGGGGGGAAGUUUGAUCCUCUUUCUCACGGAUCCCAGUAACGGGAGUUUUUCUCCUCGCUCUGUAAGCGAAGGAUUGUUUUUUCGUUGUUUUGGUGUUUUUACAGUAAAACAAAUCUUAUUCUACGUUUCAACGCACUGAAAUCGGGUGCCCGUUAUUCACGGUUAGAGUGAGCUCCACUAACCUGGGGAUUCAGUUUAUUUUUUAUUUUAUUUCGUUUUCUAAGUUCGUUUGAGCCCAAUGACUAUGCUCCUUGACAGCGGUCCGCAGUUCCCAUCGCUAGGAGUGGGGGGUUUCGGAACACCGCGGCACCAUGAGAUAGGGAACAGAGAUCCCGGUUUGGGACUUAAUCCCUUCGCUGAUUCAUCCCACUCCGCAGCUUUCAAACUCAGCCCAGUGGCUCACGAUAUAACCUCCAGCCAGACUUCAGCUUUUACCCCGCAAGCCAGUGGAUAUGCUGCUGCCCUGGGACACCAUCACGGCGGACAGGUGGGUUCGUACGGCGGCGGACCGUUCAAUUCAACCCGGGACUUUCUAUUCAGAAACCGUGGCGUUGGAGAGUCCGCUGCAUCGAGUGCCCAGCAUGGGAUCUUUGCCGCUUCUGCUGGGAGCCUGCACGGACCUCCUGGAAUCUCCGAUAACCCUGGACAUCUGUUGUUUUCAGGGCUCCACGACCAGGGCGUGAGCCACACUUCGCCAAGCGGACAUGUAGUCAACAGUCAAAUACAUCUUGGUUUACGCGGGGACAUUUUUGGAAGACCCGAUCCGUACCGUCCGGUCGCCAGCCCUCGGACGGACCCCUAUGGCGCUCAGCUCCACAACUACAACCAUCCAAUGGGGAUGAAUAUGGGGAUGAAUGUGCCGACACACCACGGUCCUGGGGCCUUCUUUAGAUACAUGAGGCAACCCAUAAAGCAAGAAAUGUCCUGUAAAUGGAUAGAUGAGAACCAGAUGAACCGACCCAAAAAGACUUGCGAAAGGACUUUCAGCACAAUGCACGAGAUGGUGACGCAUGUCUCCAUGGAACACGUUGGCGGCCCCGAGCAAAGUAACCACAUUUGCUUCUGGGAGGAUUGCCCGAGAGAGGGGAAAUCUUUUAAGGCCAAGUACAAACUCGUGAACCACAUUCGAGUGCACACUGGAGAGAAACCAUUCCCCUGUCCAUUCCCUGGUUGUGGGAAAAUAUUCGCCAGGUCGGAAAAUUUGAAAAUUCACAAACGAACACACACAGGUGAGAAGCCGUUCAAGUGUGAAUUCGACGGCUGCGACAGACGCUUCGCCAACAGCAGUGACAGGAAAAAGCACAUGCACGUGCACACUUCUGAUAAGCCUUACAUCUGCAAAGUGUGCGACAAGUCCUACACGCACCCCAGCUCUCUCAGGAAACACAUGAAGGUACACGAGUCUCAAGGUUCUGAGUCGUCUCCAGCAGCAAGUUCUGGAUAUGAGUCGUCCACACCACCAGUUCUGGUAUCAGCGAACACUGAAGACCCAACAAAAACACCACCGUCAGCCGUGCAAAACACGUCCGGGCACAGCGAUGGACUCCCACCCAACUUUAAUGAAUGGUAUGUUUGAAGUCAUAACCAGGCUGUCAAUGUGGACCAAGAUUAAGGAAACCUUAAAAACUCACACCAACGUGUACACAAAAUUGGAUUGGAACAACACGAGGAGAUGAGAGCAAGCCAGCAGUAGCAGGCCUUGUCCUUUCUCAGGAUUGGGGUUUGACUUUUAUUCCGAGGUCGAAGAAAACAAAUAAAUCAUAAAUAAUGAAAUAAUACUUUCUAAGAAUAAAUAAAAUGUUUUUUUUAUUUUAAUUUUUUAGUUUACAGAUUUCAAAUGAUUAUUUUAUUUUUCAUUUUAUGUAUUUUCUCAAAAUUGUAUUUAAAAAUAAAGGAAAAAGGAAUAAUAUUUCACGGUGUUUUAUAUAAUGGUGACAAACUACUGUCGCCUUUCAAUUGAUUGUUAAAACUUCAGACAGUCUUAAGAAACGUGCCAAAGUCUUUGUCUUGAACUUGAACAAAAAAUAAAUCAUAAAUAAAUAUAUACUCGUGAAUGUAUUUCCUUGUUUGAUGGGGUCGAAUCUGUUGUCAAUGUCCGUUUUCAGGUGGAGAAAUGUGGUAUUAGGUUACGAUUGUUGCCGUUGAAUAUAACGUUGCCUUUUGUUAAUAACGUUGUAAAUACAUAUCCAUGCUGCCAUAUUUAUCAAUUUGUAAUUUAAUUAUGGGUAUAAGUUCUGAAACGUAAAGAUAUUUAUGGAAAUGUUUUCUAACAAGACUGUACAGAUUUGGGUCAUAACCAAUUUAACAUUGAACAAAGUGAUUAACUCUAAAGCGCCAAUAUCGCGAUUGUAUCUUAUUUUUAAGCAAUAUAUGUGUCUUAUUUGGAUCUAAGAUAUCGUCUAUAUAAAUAUGAUGAAUGUCUAUAUAAUGCACAUUUUUCCAUCACUUAUUGUUUAGCUUGUGAGACCAUUGACAUGUGAAUCAUCAAUUCUGUAAAUCUUGUGAGUUGGUAAACUAUAUAAAACGGUUCUGUCCAUAUCCUUUUGGUCAAAGUAACGAUUUUUUUUGUGUAUUUUACUUUGAUAGAAUCAGAGAGUAGAGUUCAAUUGUAGCAUAAUUUCAGUACACAUUCGAACGAUCCAUCAGCUACUGCACUCGUCGCAUUUACAGAUGUUAAUACCUAGUUCAUUCAUGAAUUUCAAACCAAGGUGGCAGUAUUUAGAGUAUUUCAAAUUCGGGUCAAAUACCCAAACAUAUGAGCCAGUAUGGCAGUCAUUUAUAGUUCCAACAAUGUCUUUGUGCAAGUAGGCCUAUGUUAAAAUGUGUGCAUCGGCAACAAUGGAACUGUCACAACACAGUAUCUUCAAAAUAAAAGUGUUUUUGUCUGUCAGCUUGCAUUGUUUUAAAUGUAAUUCUUCUGUGAAACUAAGCGUGUUAUUUGUUAUAAGUACUGUGGUGUUGCAUAUAGAAACGUUUGAUUAUACAUUUGCUUGUUUUGUGUGAAUAAGCUGUCGAGAAAACAUUUUUGUGUGAACACAAUUUAGUCUGGGAACACUAAUAGAUAUAUGUGGGUUGGGGAAAAUAUGUUCAGUGGCACAAAGAAUUACAGCAUUGCAUUGUAACCUAUUUUCAAGAAUUGAAUCUUAUGCAUACCACAAAAUAUAUUGUGCUUAUGAGAACGAUUUCAGACCACCAGCACUACAAAAUGUAAAAACAGUACCUCGUAAGUGACAGUGAUAAAUAAAAUACGUUUAUUUAAAUAAUUUAAGGAAUAUAUGUUUUAUAUACUAUUUUCUAUACAUUAAUUUAAAAGAAAAACGUUUUUUCUUAUUCCCACAACCCGUAUGCCCCAUGUCCUGACGUCAGAGCACAUUUCUGAUGUAUAAACGCAGCUAGAAUGUGAUGUUGUAACACUUUCUGGGAGAAAUGGGUCACGCUCCAAGUUAUUCCUGAAAAGCAAAAUGUUUUACUGAUGAACUGUGUCACUGUGCCACAAUCGAGGCAAACGAUGAUACAACAGCGAGCCUAUUUGUUAUUUAGCGGAAAUAGGCAAAGGUUCCUUAUACUUUUUAAAGUAGGCUAUUGUUUGUUGGUUUGUUUGUUUUACCAACUAUUUAUGAAGAAAUGUGAACAUAAAUUUUGACUGAAAUUAAAAAAUAAUGAAAAAUAA